AUGUCGACUCAUUCUUCAAGAAUUAUUCGAUUGAGACUGUCAAUACUCAAUCAAUUACAGUCUCAAGUCCAACUAAAUUCGAUUGAUCUGAUUAUUAGAGAACUAUUUCAAAAUAGCAUUGAUGCUAAUGCAGAUGAAAUCACUUUAAAAAUAGACUUGAAAUCACUUAGUGUCUAUAUCAGGGAUAAUGGAUUGGGUAUCCUGCCUGAUGAAUUAGAAUUGGUGAGUCUUAAAAAUUAUACUUCUAAAUUGGCAGCAUUACAAGACUUAAAAUCAAUCGAAACUUUUGGAUUUAAAGGUGAGGCAUUACAUUCCCUUAGCACAAUUUCCAAUUUGAAUAUUGUUUCAAAAUGCAAAUCUCAUAAUGGAUCAUACAGUCUACAAAUUGCUGAUAACAAACGAAUUGUUCAAUUGGCUAACUCAGACGAGAAAAGGUUUGGCAGGGGACCCAGUUAUUUUGAAAUUGGUAAUCUUGGAGUUUCGGGUACAGUAGUUACUGCAACUAACAUAUUCGCUAAUAUGCCAGUUAGAAAAGAGCAAAUUCAUAAUAUGUCUAUCUAUAAGAUAAUUGAUGCUAUCAAAUUGGUUAUUUUGCAAUCUUUGAUUCAAAUCCCAAAUAUAAAACUAUCCCUUUUGUUGAUAAAUCAUGAGAAGUUACAACUAGAUCAAAUUAUAAGAUUUGAUAAUAAGAGUGCAACAAGUAGAGAAAUUGCUUAUUCAAAUUUAUUUCAAUCUCUAUUUGGUAUCAGGAUUAAAUACGAACCUGUUAAAGCAAAAUUCAAAGACAUUGAAGUAUUUGGAAUAAUUGGAACAAAACCAAUAAAUACCAAAGCUCAUCAAUAUCUAUUCCUCAAUAAUAGACCAUUUGUACCACCAAAGGAAGAUUUAAAGUUUUUUAAUUCCAUAUUCUCAAAUGCUGGAUUUACUGAAGAUAUUGAUGAACAGCUAGUCAGUCCUACUAAAAUUAAAGGAAAGGCUUUCCAUAAAUUUCCUUUCUUCUUAAUUAGGAUCGAUUGUGUUUUGAAAACAGAUAUACUUUUCCAAGACCCUUCGAAGUUCCUAUAUCGAACAAAUAAUUGGACAACUAUCAAGAAAAUUUUGGAAAAGACUUUUGCUCGAUUCUUAGUAUCCCAUGGUCAUAUACUCUCUGAGGACUUUAAAAAGACUUCCAAACUGAGAUCGCCAUCUCCGUUAGAAAGUCCUUCUAGAAAGAGACGAUCUGUAUCCGAGUUUAUUCUACACACAAACGCAAAAUUCGGAACUAUACGAGAUAAAGAGAUUGAUGAUUUAAUACGACCUCGAAGCUUUAUUCAAAGGGAAAGUUUGCAACCUUUGAAGUUGUUUCCAACGAAGCCUACUCCUCCAGUUAUUAACAUAGCGGAAGCGUGCUGCGAUCAUAUAAGCAAGUUCGAUAAAAGCGUAAACUUUAAUAGAAAUCAUUUAACAAAAGGAAGCUAUAGAAUCAUUAAACAAAUAGAUAAGAAGUUCAUAUUAAUGACCUUAAAAGAAGAUGAUGAUUCUGUUAGCUUGGUGAUCUUGGAUCAACAUGCUUGUGAUGAGAGAAUUAAAGUUGAACAAAUGUUUCAAGAAUUUGUAUGUCUACUUACGCAAAACCCAGCAUUGAGAUUAUCCUCUCCUCAUAAAUUUGAUUUAUCUUCCCAGGAAAUUGAAUUGUUCAUCCGAUUUAAGAAUAAUUUUCAAAUAUUUGGAAUAGUUUAUGACAUCACUGAUUCGCAAAUCCAAAUUUCCCAUCUACCGUUUCUUUUAUUAGAGAAGGUUGCUGAUGAUUCAGAAUUCCUUAAAAACUCACUAUUGCAACAUUGUUACGAUUUGAUGAAUCAUGUCAAGAAUUCAGAGUUGAAUAUCGAGAAUUGGUUUGUGGUUGUUCCUCAUUUACCUCGAGUUCUAAUUGAAAUAAUUAAUUCAAAAGCAUGUCGGUCAGCCAUUAUGUUUGGAGAUGAAUUGUCUGAAGAUGCUAUGGCUGAGAUUUUAGAGAAAUUGAGUACUUGUAAAUUACCAUUCCAGUGUGCCCAUGGAAGACCAUCUAUAGCACCUCUAACCACUCUUGUAUAA